CUCCUAAAAUCAUGCCCUCGCAAAUCAGGGUCAAUAAUUAUCAGUUAAUGACUUUUGCGGCGUCACACAAAUCUAUAAUUGAAUCGCAUAUCUAUAAAUAGAAUAAAAACCAAGAUAUACAAAACAAUCGAAAUCAUGUCAGGACCAUGCCGCGAUCAAAUGCCAAAUGACACGCAUUCGACUGCAUUAUGAAUUUAAGGGUCGCACUUCCACUGGCCGGGGCACUAAAUUAUAAACCGAUUAAGCGUUGUACAAACACCGACAGCAAUUGGUAAAAGUCAAAAACAAAAACACACAGAAACCGUUUGGCUUCAGAUGUGACCCCUGCACAGCGUUACAACGUUAAUCGUAUCGUUCCCGCAUCAGCGACCAGUUCAAUGCAGCAAUGAUUGAGAUCUUGUGUCUAUUGGUACUACUAGGGGCUGUUUUAACAGCAGCAACAUACCUCUUCUUUGGUAAUACCUCACAGAAGCAACGUCCACCAACAAAAAAUAAUAGUGGUAAUGAACUGAAGAAGCCUAAAGAAAAUAAAAACCCAGUGAAAACUCAAGAGGUAAAAAAGAAACCUCCUGCAAAGUCUUCCAAGAGUGCUACUUCCAGUGUAACACCACCACCAAAAAGAAUAAAAACUGAAGAUAGAACUCAAAACACUUCAGAAAGAAAUCUCCAAAGAUCUCCAAAGAAGAACAAAAAUAUACCUGAAAAGAAAACCAAAGUUGAAACAUCAAAAGAUACUGUUAAAUCAGAAAAAGAGAAAUCGAAUAAGCCUGCAGAGAAGCCACUAAAAGUUACUGAAGUCAGCAGUCAAGAAGUUUUGAAAUCUCCCAAAAAAGCAAAGCCAGUAACUAAUGCUGGAAAAGAAAAUAAACAAGAAAGUGAAUUAAAACCUGCUGAAAAGCCAAUAAAAGUUACUGAAGUCAGUAGUAAGGAAAUUUUAAAAUCUCCCAAGAAAGCAAAACCAGUAACUAGCCAAGGGAAAGAAAAUAAACAAGAAAGUGAAUCAAAACCUAAAGAAAAAGUUAAUUCACCCAAGAAAAAUUCUAAAAACAAUUUGAAGCAGUCUGAAGUACAGCAAAACAAGAAACUAGAAUCAACAAAACCUUGUGAAAAUGGUUCAUUAAAUACAACUGUUAAAGAAAAUAACAAAACUGAACCAGUAGAAAAAACACUUGCCACAUCAACUAAAAUUCCAAUUUCCUCCCAAACAUCAACAAAAUCCAGUUCUUCAACAAACAGUUGCAACAUCUUAAAAAGUAUUGAAUUGGUGGAAAGUUCUAAGAGAAAAUCCCCAAAAACAAGUUCAUUAGUAGGAACAAAAUCAUAUAAGGAAGUUGUCCAAGGUUUUUCAAGUACAGAAACAAGUGAUACCCCAACUAGUAACAAUUUAGACAAAAUUGAAUGUCAAACUACACCUACAAUUAUUGAAAAUACUGAACAAGCAACUUCACAAUCUCUAGAACCUGUUAAAGAAUCACCUCAAACAGAAACUGACAUCAUCAGAAACGAAUCUGAAAUAACUGAAUGUCAAACUACAUCUGAAGAGAUUGAAAAUACUGAACAAGCAACUCCAGAAUCUCUUGAGCCAGUUCAUGAAUCUCCUCCAACAGAAACUGAAGUAAUCAAAAACGAAUCAGUAAUACCUGAAUGUCAAAUUACAUCUACAGUUAUUGAAAGUACUGAACAAGUAACUCCAGAAUCUCUAGAACCAGUUCAAGAAACACCUCAAACAGAAGCUCAAAUAAUCGAAAACGAAUCUGUAAUAACUGAAUGUCAAACUACUUCUGCAGUUAUUGAAAACUCUGAACAAAUAACUCCAGAAUCACUGGAGCCAGUUCAAGAAGCACCUGCAACAGAAAUUGAAAUCAUUAGAGACGAAUCUGUAAUAACUGAAUAUCAAACUACACCUGCUGUUAUUGAAUAUAUUGAACAAAUAACUCCAGAAACUCUAGAACCAGUUCAAGAAGCACCUUCAACAGAAAUUGAAAUCGUUAGUGACGAACCUGUAGUAAAUGAAUGUCAAACUACACCUGCAGUUAUUGAAAAUAUUGAACAAAUAACUCCAGAAACUCUAGAGCCAGUUCAAGAAGCACUUUCAACAGAAAUUGAAAUUGUCAGAAACGAGUUUGUAAUAACAGAAGAACCUACAGAAUUAAUUGUUUCAUCUGUAGAAAGUGAAAAUAAUAAACACUCUUCAGAAGGAACAUCUGAAGAAUCAUUUACUGUCUCAAACUAUUCUAAUGGAGAAACAGUAAAUUCAGAAACAGUAUCUGAAGAAAAUAAUACAGAAAUAACAGCAGAAUCUGAAGGGAAGUGUAAAACUUUGUCAGAAGAUUUACAGUCUAAUGAAAAUAAUACAACUGAAGAAUCUUCCAGUGUAAUUGAAAAUUCUGUUCCACUUGAAAAAGUUAAUGGUUAUAAUUCUGAUACAGAGAUCAUCAAAAAUCUUUCUGAAUCAACUGAAAUUGAACAAUCUGUAAUAUUAUCUGAAAAACAAACAGAUAUUAGUACACAAUUUGUAGACAAACAAAACGGGCAAGAGGAGACUGAAAUAAAUCUUAAUAGAUCUGAAUUCAUUGAGAACAGUGUACAGGUGUCAGAAUUCACGCCAACAUCAGAAACUAACGAAGAAAUAAAUAUAGAGUGUCAAGAAUUACCUGUACAACAUUCUGAUAAAACAAAACCUGAUCUUUCAGAAAGUAUUACACAAAUUGAUGAAGAUCUAAAUACAAUUAAUUUAAAUUCUGAGUUAUCAAACGUUCAGGAACCUCCAAGAGAAGAUAUAAAAUUUGAAGAUCAAGUCAAUAACACACAUUUACCUGAAGUAAAUCAAGAAAAUAUUUCAACUAGUAUCAAUUCAAAUAACGGUACAGAAUCGUUGAAUGGCGAUGUUGAUAAACUAGAAUCAAAAGAAGAUUUUGUACAGGAAUUGGAACCAGAAGCUAUUCAAAAUUCAGUCGUUUCAAGUUCAGAAAAUUCAAACGGUCUCGAAUCUCCAGAAGAUACGAAAUUUGAAAGUGUUUCAAAUAUUGUUGGAGACACCGCAUAUUUAUCUGAACUAAAUCAAGAAAAUAUUCCAACUUCUAUUAAUUCAGACAAUUGUACAGAAUUGUUAAACGGCGAACAUCUCGAAAUUAGUCAAGAAGAACCAAAGGAUAAAUCAAAUUCAGUUGAGGAUUUGAUACAGGAAUUGGAACCAGAAACAAUUCAAAAUUCAGUAAUUUCAAGUUCAGAAAACUUGAACCUUGAGGGACCUGCAGAAGUUACGAAAUUUGAAACUGUUCCAAAUAUUGAAGCUCAAGUUAGUAGCGCACCUGAAGAAAACGAAGAAUAUACCCCAAUUACUGACAACUCAGAAAUAAUUAGUGAACCCUUAGAACCAAAGGAAACCCUCUGUAAGACAAAUUCAGUUAAGGAUUUAAUAGAGGAGUUGGAACCGGAAAUUAUUGAGGACGAAAUUAAACAAGAAAAGAAACCUACAAUUUUAACAACUGAAUUAGCUCCCGUUAGCACAUCAACCGAAUAUAAAAUUAACAAACUCGUAUCAUUAGAUCAGUACACAAUGUCUCUCCCACAAGUUCGUGUGUUAACUCUGAAUGACAAAGAACAUCAAAUAUCAACUUUAUAUCGCGUCGAGCUUGGUUGGAUCGUUCAGUUCCGCCUUGGUCCGUCUUUGCUAGGCAGAAGAGUUAGUUUGCAUUGUAACUUCCCGAAAAAAAUUAAUGGAAAACUCGAACCUUUCGAAAGGAAAGAAUAUCAAGAGUUGAAAUGGUGUCAGGAUGAAGGAUGCAAAAACUCCGAUGACACUGCGUUGUAUGCCCAAAUUUCCGCUGAGUUAGCGGGUGGUUUUCACUACUAUUUCACCUAUGAAGAAAGCAAUGAACAUCAAGGGUCAGGUUACUUUCUGGUAGACCCUAAAUUGACGGUGGGUAAAAAUGAAGAGCUCCCCUUGGAUUGCAUCCAGUGUCAGACGGUGUUGGCUAAAAAUCUAGGAUCGUUUUCUACGUGGGAAAACAAGUUACGUGUAGCCAAAGAGUCCGGUUAUAAUAUGGUUCAUUUUACUCCAAUUCAGAAAUUGGGGGCCUCGAAUUCCUGUUACAGUUUAAGUGAGCAAUUACAAUUAAACCCAGUAUUCGUUAAGGAAAACGGCGUAAUGCCUAAAUUUGAUGAGGUACAGAAGCUCACAGAUAAAAUGCGUAACGAAUGGAAGAUGACUUCAAUAUGUGACAUUGUCCUGAAUCACACCGCAAACGAAUCUGAAUGGCUUGUAGAACAUCCUGAAGUCACGUACAAUUGCCUGAACUGCAAAUAUAUGCGUCCAUCGUAUCUCUUGGACUCCGCCUUCCACACAUUUUCCAUGGAUGUUAAGAAAGGUGUAUACGAAACUCAGGGAAUCCCCCCGGAAGUUUCCACCGAAGAUCACCUGAACGCCAUCAGAUAUCACUUCCAUACCAGCGUGUUGCAGCCCUUGAAAAUCCACGAAUUGCUUAUUUGCGACGUCAAUAAAAUUGUUCAAGAAUUCCUUGGAUUGGCUAGGAAGGUUCAACCUGUGGCCGAAUCGGUCGGUGCAGGAGAAGAGUUAAAGUUAAUUCAAGAUCCUGACUACAGACGUCUUGCCACCACCAUUGACAUGGAUUUGGCUUUGAAGCUUUACAACGUGUACAGAUCUGAUUGCUUCGACGAGGACACCAGGAUUAAACGUUGUGCUGAAGAAUUGAAGAACAAACUGGAUGGUUUGAAUGGACGCAUAAUCGACGAGAUUAAUGGCCACUUAAAUGCUGCCGUCGAGAACACUAUUGCUGGAAUUAGAUAUUUCCGAGUACAACAUGACGGCCCAAAAGUAAGAGAGAUUACCAUUAAAAAUCCCCUAGUCUAUCGCUACUUCACCGACCACGGAACACCAGAAACUUUAAAGGAACACGAAGAGCUCAUGUAUAGUCCCGAAGGUCGAUACUUGAUGGCCCACAACGGCUGGGUGAUGAACGCCGACCCGUUGAAGAACUUUGCUGCACCCGACUCGAACAUCUACAUACGCAGAGAAUUGAUCGCUUGGGGUGACAGUGUGAAGCUGCGCUUCGGCGACAAGCCGGAGGAUUGUCCGUACUUGUGGAAACACAUGCGUGAGUACGUCGAGUGUACCGCCAGGAUUUUCGACGGUAUCCGACUGGACAAUUGCCAUUCAACACCCAUUCCCGUUGCUGAAUACCUUUUGGAUUGCGCCAGACGCGUCAGGCCUAAUCUCUAUGUUGUUGCUGAACUUUUCACCAACUCGGACAUGACCGACAACAUUUUCGUCAACAGGCUUGGAAUAACGUCUCUGAUCCGGGAGGCGAUGUCAGCCGGGGAUUCCCACGAAGAGGGUCGUCUUGUAUACCGAUACGGCGGUCUGCCUGUGGGCUCGUUCCUUCAACCGCGUGUCAGACCUUUGGUCCCCACCGUCGCUCACGCUUUGUUCCUCGACCUGACCCACGACAACCCCAGUCCGGUCGAGAAACGGUCUGUGUUCGAUCUGUUGCCCAGUACCGCUUUGGUUAACAUGGCUUCGUGCGCCAGCGGUUCCAACAGGGGUUACGAUGAGUUGGUGCCACACCACAUACACGUGGUGGACGAGACUAGGGAGUACACAGAAUGGACGGACGACGAGAAGUUGGCUUUGGGUAACGCCAAGUUUGUCACCAAAAAGACGGGUAUAAUAGCUGCUAAACGGGUCAUGAACGACCUUCACUACAAGUUGGGUAAAGAAGGUUUCAAUCAGGUGUACGUCGACCAAAUGGAUGCGGACAUUGUCGCUGUAACGAGACACUGUCCCGAGACCCACGAAAGUUACAUUCUAAUAGCGUUCACUGCUUUCGGCCAUCCAGCCGAAUAUUCCGAAAAUCACCAACGAGGCAUCAAACCUCUUCGAGUGGAGGGAGACUUAGUAGAAAUUGUUGUUGAGGCCACUCUUAAUCACAUUGGAGUCAGGUCUGGAAAAUCCAAAUAUGCUGGUCAUGGAAAUUACGUUAAGGAUACCAAGUGGAUAAACGGGUUAUCUGAAUAUCAAGUCAGCCUUAAAGAGCACAUUCAAGUUGACGAGUCCGACGUCUUCGAACGCGUAGAUUCUGGAACUGCUAACGUCACACAAUUAAAUUUCAAGAAUUUCAAGCCAGGAUCCAUAGCAGUCGUUAGGGUAAAAUUACCUGAAGCAAUGGAUGCUGCUGUUAAAUCAGUUAGAAAGCUAAUGCGAGAAUUUGCUGUCAACAAGGAGUCUGAAUUAACAAAGAUUAUUGGAAAAUUAAAUCUGUGCGAUUUAAAUAGAGUUCUAUAUAGAUGCGAUCAAGAAGAAAAUGACGAAUUUAAUCACUUACACACUUAUAAUAUUCCCGGAUUCGGUUCCCUGGUGUACUCUGGACUCCAAGGUUUCAUGUCUGUGAUGGCUAACAUUAGACCCAGCAACGACUUGGGACAUCCAAUGUGUGGCAAUUUAAGGGAUGGAAACUGGAUGAUAGAUUACAUCUGGCAACGUUUAAAGUUGGACCCGGGAACCAAAGAAUUAGGACAGUGGCUUGAAGAAAACACCAAAUGUUUCAAUUCAAUGCCCAGAUAUUUAGUGCCCUGCUAUUUUGACGUUAUUCUAACUGGACUUUAUGCUCUUAUCUUAAACCAAUCUUAUCGUUUAAUGUCAGAUUUUGUUGAAAACGGAUCAUCUUUCGUCAAAGCCUUGGCGCUAGGUUCUGUGCAGUUGACCGGCUUUGUAAAGUCUGCCAAGCUGCCGAAUCUCUCACCAAAGUUGAAACCUCCCAAACCACCAACAAGGACAAAUGAUCGUGGUGAAGAUGAAGAAAGUUGCGUUACUCUGUCGGCCGGUCUUCCCCACUUCUCCACCGGUUACAUGCGAAACUGGGGUAGAGACACAUUUAUAUCUCUGAGGGGUAUUCUCCUGCUUACCGGAAGAUACGAAGAAGCCAGACAAACAAUACUGGGAUAUGCAGCGUGUCUGAGACACGGUCUUAUCCCCAACCUUCUGUUUGGCGGAGCCCAAUCAAGGUAUAACUGUCGUGAUGCCGUCUGGUGGUGGAUGCACUGUAUCAAAGAGUACUGCACGGAGGUGCCCAACGGCUGUGAUAUCCUCAACGACGUAGUCUCGAGGCUCUUCCCCACCGACGACUCGCCACCUUUGCCGGCAGGAACUGUAGACCAACCAUUGCACGAAGUCAUUCAAGAGGCAUUGACUAUCCACUUCCAAGGUCUCGCUUUCAGAGAAAGAAACGCCGGUGGUAGCAUUGACGCGCACAUGACCGACAAAGGUUUCAACAACCAAAUCGGCAUACAUCCAGAAACAGGCUUCGUAUUUGGUGGUAACGAAUGGAACUGCGGCACAUGGAUGGACAAAAUGGGCUCGUCCGACAAGGCCGGCAAUCGUGGAAAGCCGGCCACUCCCCGAGACGGAUCCGCCGUGGAACUUGUCGGUCUGUCGUACUCAGUAACUUCGUGGUUGGCCACAUUGUACGAGAAGCAACAGUACCCGCACUCGGGAGUGACCAGGACGCACAAGAACGGCACAACCACCACGUGGACCUUUAAAGAGUGGAGCGAAAAAAUUAAGGCCAAUUUCGAAAAGUAUUUCUGGAUUAGUGGAUCCCCGGCGAAGGAUGAAAUUAGACCGGACCUGAUAAACAAGAGGGGUAUUUAUAAGGACUCUCAUGGAGCUAGCCAGGACUGGGCUGAUUUCCAGUUAAGGUGCAACUUCCCAAUAACCAUGGUUGUGGCUCCAGAAUUGUUUAAUGCCCAACAUGCGUGGACUGCACUUCAACAGGCAGAAAAAUAUUUGCUUGGUCCUUUGGGUAUGAGAACUUUGGAUCCUGAAGACUGGGCCUACAAUGGAAAUUACGAUAACUCGAACGAUUCCGACGAUUUUAAAGUAGCGCACGGAUUGAACUAUCAUCAAGGACCAGAAUGGGUUUGGCCAGUGGGUUUCUUCCUACGCGCCAAGUUGAGAUUCGCUGCUGAUAAUGGAGCAUUGAUUGAAACGCUUUCCAAAGUUAAAGUAGUCCUGUCAAGACACUUCGUGGAGUUGCAAACUUCUCCGUGGAGAGGCUUGCCUGAGCUGACUAAUAAAGACGGAGCAUACUGUGAAGGAAGCUGCAGAACGCAAGCAUGGAGCAUGGCCUGUAUUCUAGAGGUAUUAAAUGAUCUGCAACUAAUUGAGUCUAAACUCAUCAACAGCAAUUGACUUCACAUCAACAACUUAGAAGUACUUAGAAAAGAAUUUUUAAAUAAAUUAACUAUAAAGACUGUUAUAACAAAUACGAAUAAUCAAUUUUCAAACGUUAAUGUUUACAUAGAAAAUGAAUCUCAAAACACUACUGUAUAUGCCAUUGACAAGUCUCCAAAGCCCAAUUUGGACUAUUUAACAUGUUUCAGUGAUGUUUAUUUCAAACAUAACCAAAUGUUAAGACUGCGCUUAUUGUAUUUGAAGGAUUUUGUGCAAACCACAAGUGGUUUGCUUGUAAAUAACAAAUUUUCCAGAUUUUACGAGUUUUGGGUGCCUUUUUAUGUAAUUUCGCCUGUGUAUAACUCCGGAUUGUUACUAGAUAUUGCUAAUUAUGACGUGAAAACGUUUCGCAAGAAAAAAGAAUAUAGCAAUAAUGAUUGUUUUACUAAUUAUGUUCGUAUAUUUGAUGGAUUAACGGAUGAUACAUGUCGCACGUCACUUCCAUUUCGUUAUUAUCAAAUUCCCCAAGUAAUAGCGAAAACUGAAAAUCUGGAUGAGAUAACACCUGUGGAAGAUGACACUCCAGAAUUAAAUGAAUUGGACAACGCGGACUCUAUUGAAUCCGUGCUAAUAUUAGAUCCUAGAAAAUUAACGCACUAUGCUCCAAAACGUAGGAGAAAAGCCGUCAGUUACUCUGAGCAAAGACAAAUUGUGAGAGUGACUAUUCUCUAUGUACUCGGCUUUUUUGCAUUAAUUCUAGUAACGUUCUUCAUCAUAUAUUUAGCUUAAUGUCAGUGGUGUUAUUUUAGAUUUAUUAAUUUUAUUAAUAUACAGACUCUAAUCUACAAUGAGUAUUGCUAUAGAAUUAUUUAAAGGGUCUGUUUUGUGUAGAUUGUUGAAUUUUAUUAAAGUAUAUUUUAUUGCUUA